AUGGCUGAGGAGGAGACCCUGGUAUCGCGUCGGUCGAAGAGAAGUACGGCGGGGAAUAGGAUGGAGGCGGCCCUCGCCGAGCUUGCCGUCGAGGAAGUCAAUGAUGCUGAAGAAGAUGUUGACUUUGUCAAUGACAAAGAUGAGGAGGAUGUCUUUGAAUCGGAUUUCGCAAGCACGGACGACGAGGCAGCUGCUGAAGAUGUUGCUGAUACCGGAGAAAAGGCAGUCGAGGAUGAGGAAAGGAGAGCGAGGAGGAGCGUGCGCGCAAGGGUGGAGAAAGCUACCGCCGCUGCUCAUGCUCGACAGAGGGUCACUUUUAAUCCCCAAAUGGAGGCUUCGGAGAAGAGACCUAACAAGGAGGCUCAGAAGCUCAAAAGACGUGUAUCUCUUGGUGUCGCAGUUAACGCAGAGACAGGAGAAGUCAUUGAGGGCGGUACGAGGCAACGGCAGAGUCAGAGAUCACAUACAAUCAUGAAUACGUCGGCAACUGUCAACAGAAUGAAGGAUGCAGAAGAGAAACGAGCCACUAUUCCGAAGAAAGCAAGAGUAGUCACGAAAGCACCAACACAGGAUGAACUUAUCGCGCGAGCCCUCGACACCGAGGAGGGGAAUAUCAUUGAGCACCGGGAUUAUCUCAAAGUAGAAGAAGAGAAGCGCGCACGCGCUCGUGUAGUUCGAACCGCCCUUGAAGGUCCGGUGUUGCGAUGGAUCAGCCGGAAAGAACAAGUGAAGGUUGAGGUUACACCUCCAGUUCCUGCCCCAUAUCCAUCGCAGUACGGUUUCAUCUACAAUCCACAUCAAGGCACUUCCUACUUUGGGACACAAAAUUAUCAGUCUCCUUUCCGUGCAUACGUUCCAGCGCCGCCAAGCCAGGCGCAGGAAGGUUCGCCCACGGCAUCACAGGACUUGGCUGCCAUAUCACAACCGCAGUCAUCAACACCAUCUGCAAACACACCAUCUCAGUCUUCAUAUUAUUAUUACCCCGUGCAACCCCCACUGGCACAGGAAAGAAUGGUCGACGUUUGCAGGAAUUACAUCGUGCAUGAACUAUCGCAAGAUCCAUCUGCAGCCAAACCGCCAUGGAAGGAUACCAUGUCAGCUAUGUUUGGUGACGAAGUCAAAUGGGACGAAGUCCGUGUGUUCACAGGGAAACAACGCCCAUUGAGUCGACCUGUCCGAGUUUGUCCGAUUACUGGGAUACCUGCGAAGUAUCUAGACCCGCGAACAAACGUCCCCUUUGCGAACGUUACCGCAUUCAAGACACUGACUAGAAUUUUGUCUCACGACUAUGUUUGGAGCGAGGCAUUGGGGUGCUAUGUUACCCGUCAUGAAGAGCCUAACCAUGAUAUUAAUGAGUCUAUGGAUGACAUCACGACAAAACGUAGAAAAGUGGACGAUCAAGACGGGCAAACUGACGAAGGUUAA